AUGUCCGCAGCCAGCAACUUCUCAAGGGUCGCGGACUUGAACGUGUCGAGCGCGGACGCCCAGAGGCUCGCGGAACUUUCCCAUCGGCCCGUUAAAGUCUGCAUCAUCGCGGUGCUGGGCGUGCUGAUCACGCUGGGAAACGUCGCGGUUCUGCUCGUCAUCUCUUCCUCCGUGUCCGGAUGGUCCAGGAACUCCCGGUACCUCCUCUUGUCUCUCACCGCCGCGGACUCCGCGUUCGGCCUGGUGAUGACGCCUCUGAACCUGUGGGUGAGUCUGCUGAGGGACUACAGCGAGGGCCCAGACGGGUUCUGUCACGCCGUGGCCUUCUUGAACGCCACCAUCUACUCCACCUGCAUGUACACGCUGGCCACCAUCAGCCUGGAGAGGUACGUUGCGGUGUUUUACCCUCUGAAGUACUCCAGUCUGAUGACGCGCAGAAGGACGCUGUCCUCCAUCGCAUUCGCUUGGUGCUUCCCCCUGUUUCUCCUCCUGCCCAUUUCGCUGCCCCACGGUAUCAUCGACGUGCACUUCUCCACGGCGUCGCUGGUCUGCAACCCGUCCUAUUCCUCGAAUAUGGGAUACUCCCUGACUUUGAACUUCCUCAUAUUUUUCCCUUGCUCCGUCGUCAUGACCUACGCGAAUCUGAGACUGUGGCGCGCCGCAAAGACACAGAGACUGAAGCUGCGCAGGUACGACCUGAACCGGCGCAACAGACCCGAUAUCGCAUCCAGAGUGCUGAUUCCCGUGAUGACGGUCUACUACACCUGCUGGUGCCCCUGCAUGGCGGCUAUGAUGUACAACGCCAUCUCGGGUAGCAGGGUACCGGAGUGGAUGGAGUUUGUAGUGGUGUGGUUGCCAACAUCCAACGGUUUCCUCAACUGCAUCUUCUAUUUCUGGAUUAAUCACAGCUUCCGCAGGAAGUUCAAACUGGUCUUCCAGAGGGUUUGUCUGGCCCCCUGUCCCGGCCUGGCGAAGGCUCUCGGGUGCUCUGCCAGUCCACAGAGCCAGUUUGUCUGGGACAAUAACAACAGCUUGCAUGAGCGCUGCUCCAGCGUCUCCUCCACCUGCACCUUGUUGACCCUGGCUGAGGAUGUCCACAUCUGA